AUGGUCACUUUAACUGUGGUGCUCGACAAACCCGACAAAAGGUAUCAGGCAGGCGAAACGAUAGAAGCGAAAAUUUACAUUUCAGUUUUCGAGCCAUUCAAUGCACGUUCGCUGUCGGUGCGAUUUCUUGGCGUGGCAUUUACGGAAUGGACUGUUUCGAAGACGAUUUCGCAAAGUGGGACAACGAGACAUGUGCAACAAAAGUUCGUGGGAUACGAGGAGUAUUUCAAAGAUGAUCAUUACUUUUUUGGCGGAGACGAGGCACCGAUAAAGGAAAUUCUUCCGGGAAGUUAUGACUAUGAAGCGACUUUUACGCUGCCGAAAACACUUCCGACGAGUUUCGAUCACACUCUCGGUCACAUUCGUUACGAAGUGCAAGUAACGUACGACGUUCCAUGGGAAGAAAACUACAAAUGUUCGGAGCCAUUUCACGUGACUUCGGUGCUCGAUCUCAAUAUGUUCCCAAAUUUAAAAGAACCCAUCAAAGCCAUGGAGCAAAAAACCUUUUGUUGUUGGUGUUGCACAACGGACCCCUUGGAUAUCAUCACAAUUCUGCCAAAACGUGGCUUUGUCCCUGGCCAAAAUAUUCCAGUCACCAUCGAAAUUGACAACAACUCGAACGUUCGCAUCGAUUACGUUUAUCUGCAGCUACAGGAACGAUUGACGUUCCAAACGAAUCGUCCGGACAACGAUGUCAAAGUGGAGCAAGAAAUGAUCAAGGACCACAUGUUUGACACUCCGGUGGCGCCCUAUCAAAAUAAAUUGUUUCACGUGAAUUUGUACGUGGAUCCGCUCUAUCAGUGGAAAAUUUUUCCCGGAUGCGAAAUCAUCAAGUGCGAUUAUGUGUUGAAAGCCGUUGCGGGAGUCAGUGGAUGUCACAUGAACCCAGAGAAUCAAUUAUCGGUGACGAUUGGGACAGUUCCAUUUUUGGGCGAUGAACGAAGUCCCAACGAUCUGCCAUCUUAUCAAGAAAUCACCGCUGGAGAUGAUCCACCAAAAUUUGAAGAUCUGAAAAAUUUAUAAAUUACAAAAAAAAUCUAGUCGUUAA